UCGAAACUGCGACUGGUGAGUGCGUUUACUUUCUUGUUGUGUAUCGGUGUUGCAUUCGUAUAUACUCGUUAUAGGCAUUAGGAGUUUAGAACGGAUUGCGGCCAUCUCGCGCGUUCUGUGACAGAAUUUCUGUCCAGCGAAAGUCUCGAGAUUAAUUUUGGAUAUGUUGCUGAUGCUGCUGCAAGUCUUACUUGAUUGAAGGAAUGAUUGUUUGUAGUCGGGAUAAACAAAAAGAACAUAUCUGAAAAUAAAAUGGACUCUGAAAGUAAAACUCACGACGCCAGUGAUGAUAUCGAGAUGAAACUUUCUGAUACCAAGAAUUCUGACAGUGAGGAGUCUAGGAAGGUGCAGUUAAGUUCUUCAGAAGAUCCAAGCGUUUUGAAGAAUGCAGAUAAUUCUAAUGUCACAUCCGGAAGCAGUGUUACUUUAAAAGACACUAGUCAUGUAAUUGAACUUGAUGAUAAUCUCGCUUGUGGAACUAUGCAAAGUGAACAAGUGAAUGAACCUAUGGAGCUCUCCACAGAGGAUGAGGUUAAGAUAACGACUGAUAAAUAUGAGACGCAUGAUGUGUUGAAAGAAAUCUCGAAUGUCACCAGUUUUAAUACAGUUGAUUUAUCAGAGGCAACUACCUCACAAGACAAUAGUCCGUCUUCUUCUUACACCAACGAAGCAAACGCAUUGCAUUCGGAUCAGAAUAAAGUCAAAAGAAGUAUCUCAAAGGGUCAAGGACAUAUUGGUAGUGGCACGUCGUUAGACAAAUCGGACGAUAGCUCGGACGAGGAUUCGAGUAAGCGGCAGAAAUUGAAUAGAAGUAUCCUCAACAUCAGUACUGGAAAUGACGAUACAGUGACGUUUCAAAAAAACAAAUCAAAAGCAAAACAACGAAAUUAUCGAAAGAGGCGAAAUAUAACGAGUGAUAAUGAAGACAGCUCUGGAAAUAUCUUAUCUAACGAGACAACAAGAGAAGCUACUAUCCCUGACGCGGAUGAAGAAAAUGUUGCAUCUGCCAGUACUAGAGGCGAGUCAGCCCAGAAUGACGUAUCAAACAGAAGUUCAGGAACUCGCAGAGCAAGAUCAGAAACACCUAAUGACGAAUCUGACCGAUACAAGGAUGAGAGAGGUGACUCGAAUGAAUGGAGAGGUGCUAACGAGGAUGAAUGGGACGAAGAAGAAGAUGAUGAUGAUGAGGAUGAAGAGAUACCUUACUGCCUAAAGAUAGAAAAGCCGCCUCCUAAUUGGCGUGUUGUACCGGAAGUGCUAAAUCGUCAAAUAGGUAGCAAUCCGUUAUUUCAAAGAAGAUUCUAUGGUUCUUUACAUGCAGUAGAGCGGCUCGAGCUUAUGUAUCAUCUUACCGAGCAUCAGGGUUGCGUAAAUGCCUUAAAUUUCAAUCAAAAAGGAAAUUUAUUAGCGAGUGCCUCUGAUGAUUUAGCAGUUGUUAUUUGGGAUUGGGCUAGAGGAAAAAAGCGCCAUUGGUUUAUGAGUGGUCAUACAAGCAAUAUGUUUCAAGCCAAGUGGUUACCGUUAGAUAUGGAAUAUCUUAUGGUCACUUGUGCUAGAGAUGGUCAAGUUCGUUUAUUGGAUCUUAAACACGACACAUCAAAGAAAUUGGCAUCGCAUCGGGGACCAUCACACAAAUUGGCUGUGCAUCCUGAGACACCUCAUGUCGUUUUUUCUGCUGGAGAGGAUGCAAGAGUAUUCUCUAUAGAUAUUCGAGAGAGCAAACCAAAUAAGUUACUUGUAGUAAAGGAAGGUUCGUCAGAGGUGCAACUGUUCAGUAUACAUUCUAAUCCUUUUAAUAGUAACGAAUUUUGUGUGGGUGGCCGUUCCCAUUAUGUGAGGGUGUACGAUCGGCGAAAAGUUGCAACGCCGCUAUAUAAAUUAUGUCCUGAUCAUCUGACAGGGAAUAAACAUGCGCAUGUUACAUGCGCUGUAUAUAAUCAUAAUGGAACAGAAAUUCUUGCGUCGUAUAAUGACGAGGACAUAUACCUAUUUGAUAGAUUAAUGUCGUCACGUGUAGAUUACGCUCAUAGAUAUCAGGGCCAUAGGAAUAGUGCAACUGUAAAGGGAGUUAAUUUCUUCGGACCUAACAGUGAAUAUGUUAUAUCUGGAUCCGAUUGCGGCAAUAUUUUUAUUUGGGAUAAAAAUACAGAAGCUGUUGUACAGUGGAUGGCAGGGGAUAAGCAGGGAGUUGUAAAUUGCUUAGAAGGACACCCGCAUAUUCCCAUUCUUGCAACAAGUGGAUUGGAUUAUGAUGUUAAAAUAUGGGUGCCUUCGUGCGGAGAACCUCCUACGAUGAAAUCAUUCGCGAAUUGCGUCAAAUCCAACGCGAGGAAUAGGAAGCAAGAAAAUGUGCCUGAUACCUUCGAUGGCCAAUUACUUUGGAUUUUACUGAGACAUAUUCGUCACAGAGAGAGAAAUCUUUAUACGCGUUAUGGACUUGAAGACCCAAAUCGAGAUGAAGAUGAUGAUGAUGAUUAUCACUUCGAAGACUCUUCGAUGGACAGUUCGUCCGAUGACAGUGAUAAUCAAUCGGAAGGCGACGACGUUAGAAGAAUACAAUGCCCUCCAUCUUAAAGUUGUUGCUUAACAUUUGAUAUUAUGAUAAGAGUUAUGUAUAGCGUUCAAGGCAUUCAUAUUAGUCAUUUCAAUUAUAAUGAAUUUUACUAGAUUAAUAUGUCAAUAGUGGUCAAUAGCUUUACAUAGCGGAGUGUAUAGGGGAGACCGAACUGCAACGUAUCAAGAGAACUCCGCAUUCUAGUUGCAAUUGAUCUUUUUUAUCAGCUGGAAAUAAUCGGUAGUGUGAACUACAUAAGUAGUUUACAAUUGUAUUGUAAUUUUUGAAUAUAUACGUUGAACGGACAUAAAGACUUUACAUUUUGAUAAGAUGUAUGUUAAUGGCAGAAAGGGAGAGAGAGAGAGGGAGGACAUAGUAAUAUUUUAUAAAUAAGCAAACACAAUUAUAAAAAUGGAGAAAACGUAUAAAAGGGGUCACAAAUUAAGC